AUCAGUAUUGUGAAGAAUUUCUAACGAAGCUGUUGUUAAUUAUCGUUGUACUUGACCGAAGAGAACAAGCAGCUAUAUUAUCAUGGGUUUUACAAAGGUUUUUCUAACUGUGCUAUCUACACUGAUGAUCUUUCAUUUCUGUGCUGGCGCAAACCUACGAUUGAAACGAUCGGAAGGUGGUGUAACCGAUUCAAACCUCGAUGCGAACGGUCGGUGCAUAACAGCGAGAAAUUGGAAGCAGGAAUGCAAUGACUGUUGGUGCGUAGAAAAUGGCGUUCCGGCUUGUACGCUAAAGGGUUGCAUUCAGGCACCUGUACCGAUAGAAUCGCAUACGGAAGAUAAUUCUGCUAACAUGGAAAGAUGUGUGCCUGGUUCGCAGUGGAAAGAAGAUUGCAAUUCAUGUUGGUGCACUGACAAUGGUUUAUCUAUUUGCACCAAAAUCGGUUGUGUACGUUUGUAGAAAAGGAACGAAAAACUGCAUCGAACGGUAGCAAACAUUUCAACACUUUUUGUCAAUGUACCUAAAGUACCAUAAUAUAGUGCAUCCUAAGAACUGACCUAAG